AUGGACAAAGUGGACGGAUGGAGGGAGGAAACUCACUCUUUGGUUGCCCAGAUGUAUGGUUAUGCUGACCAACCAAGUACCAGGCUCUGCUUGUUUACAUCAGUUUUUGGAUUCACGAGAAUUGGCCAUGCAAAGCAGGAUGCCUUCUACCUAAGUGACAAUCUUACCAAAUCCGAGGUUGAUUCAGAGGAAGUCCAGAGGUCACAAGAAACCUAUCUUCCCUUCGUCCAUGAGCUCCACGAAUUUCUUUUCUAUGUUUUGAUCACCACAAAACCACAGGUGCUACCACCUUCCAAGAGGGAAACUGUUGCAAAUGCUGUUUAUCCUUCAAAUUUUGCUCCGCGUAAUCUUUGGCAUCUAGCACAAAUCAGGGCAACUUGCCUAAUGGUUGGUUUGUUCCCGGGGAUAACCCAAUUUGUAGCAAGGUUCACCAUUUCCUCUGUUGGUGGAAGCUUCAAGAACCUAGAUGAUAGGUAUUCCAUCCAUGUUAUGACCUAG